AUGGCCUCACCUUCCAGCCGCGACGAAGGUGUCCAGCUCAACAGCUUCACAGCCAUGGCGAGUGACCAGCAGACUUCAAGCUCCAAGACACGUUCGAAUGAGCCUGGCCAGAACAGGGGAAAAGGUUCAAUUAAUCGAGACCAAGAGAAGUUGCUCGUCAGGCUGUGUGCAAUAUUUCCUACCCUUCACUCGCGCCACGGCGCGCUGCCUACCAUUCCUGAGAUCCGCGUCAAGGGCCCAGACUCCAGAGAUGCCCGGACAGAUGCCGGCGGCAGCGUGUCGCCCUCCAACCAUCCCCAGUCCACCGACUACCUCCAAGUGCCUAGCAGCUCCAAACCUCGAGCCCAGCACAAAAGCCAGACCGUACAGCCCGGGACCGGCAGAAAGAGGACGUUUCUGGGCUUCGUCGGCUGCGCCCUGGGCCUCCAACGCGUUAGAACCUAUGGAGACCACGAGCCCCUCGUCGGCCGCAGAUACCGCGCCAAGCGCAACACCUUUCGAAUGAUAGCGCUCUUCGGUAUCCUCAUGAUGCUCAACCUCGCAGCUUCAAUCGCCCUGUUCGUCUACUUCGCCAGCAUGGGCGGCGCCGGCCCCGAGUGGUUCGCCUGGAUCGCAAUCAGCGCGGCGGGUUGGAUCUGGUCCUUCCUGGCCUUUAUCAUGGCGAAGCAGUCCAAGAAGCGCGUACUGCACGAUGUAGAGAUCGCCCGGCAAAGCAUCCGACUGGGCAGCCGAGUUCGAGACGGCACGGCGGCCCCGGUUGCAAUCAUUGGUGGUCCUAGUGCGAAUAAGCAGCAAGUCAUGCGCGCCGGCUCCAGUGCUGCGACUAGUGCGGCUCCGGUGAUCUUCGGGAAACACCCGGAACUCGAACUCGUUCACGAGGAGGAUUGGGCGCGCGAUGCAGAGGAUCGUUUGAAUAUGCUGGUUGCCAACUAGAGACCUCAAGGCGGAGAUGCAUAGUCUC